GGUCUAUUGCCGCAGUGUACUGUAUAUAUGACGGAAGCUGCAGAAGUUUGAGUUGUUGAUUUUGAAAUCGAGCAGCUUUCACGGAUCUAUCCAUGAGACAUACUCCCCGUGGUUUCAGGAAUUUGGCAACAGAGUCAUCCAAUCUUCAGUGCAGUACGGUGCCUUGACCAAGGCCUGUCAUUCUACGGGGAGCUCGACCGUGUAAGCCUUGCAAUCAAAUAAAACCCAAGAUUAAUACAAAUAUUUGCAGCCAGAUCGCUGAACAAAGCCAGGCAGAUAAGUUGUCAUCGAGUAGGUUACAUGAUCAUGCUGUCUGCAGGACCGUGCACCGUUGCGAGGCCAAGUUUCAAUUGAAAUUCCCCAACACGUGAAAGUCACGGAGGAGGAGGUCGAGAGAGAAGUGGGCGAAUCAAUACGGCAAGCGAAUCAGUCUUAGUGGACGUGAAAGUCUGUUGGUUGGAAUCAACUUUCUGUUUUGCUCGGUCUCAUAUGAACAAGUCCGACUCCCUCCAGCUGUUCAUCAAGUCACUUGUCUUGCCUGACUAUGGAUGCUGUGUAUCUCAAGAUUGACUGAGAUCCGACAUUUCAACAGUGGUUAGCAAUAGCAGCAGAUCUCAACGUUUUGAUCACAACGCGCCAAGCAUGAGUCGCGCUAAUACUCCCUCCAAGGGGGUGGAUACGAAGAUAGUAGUACUUGGUCGGCCAGGAGUGGGCAAGUCAGCCACUGUGGUGCGGUUUUUAACGCGACGUUUCAUCUGGGAAUACGACCCGACAUUGGAAUUUACGUAUCGUCAUCAAACGAUUAUUGACGACGAGACUGCAUCUAUGGAGAUCUUGGAUACUGCUGGGCAUCAGGAGGACACUAUCAACAGAGAAGGUCACGUGAGAUGGGGAGAAGGAUUUCUACUCAUGUACAGCGUCACAGACAGAAAAAGCUACGAGGAUAUCAUCACAAUUAAGAACUACUUGGACGAAAUCAAAAAGGCAAGGAACGUCUCCAUGGUGAUUAUUGCCAACAAAUGUGAUUUAGAUCAUAUGCGCACGGUAUCCACCGAUGAGGGCGAGCGUCUGUCGCAAGAGUUAGCGUGUGCGUUUUAUGAGCUGUCUGCGUGUAGGGGUGAUGACAAUAUCGAAGAGGCUUUCCACGAACUCUUCCGCGAGGUUCGGAGACGUAAGGCUAUGGAGGGCAGCAAACAAACUCGGAGACGAAGUUCCAUCCAACAGAUGAAACAAGUACUGAAUAAAACCUUCACAAAAAUCAACAGCAGACAAUAGAGACCAGACAUGGCUGACAUUGUGUAAAUGGUAUCAUUGGAAAGACCCACGAGGUGAAAAAUGUUUGACAAAUUUCUGUAACUGUGAUAAUUGUGUUGUGUAUAUAAUUUUGUUAUAUAAACUUACUGAAUAAUAACCUACGCAAUGCCUGUAUGGUUGCCACGUAUUUAGCAUGAAGUGGGUUAAGAUGCACACGUCAAAAAUGACUCUAAACCUAAGUAUAAUUUUCAAAUCUUUAAACCUUUUAGUCUGGUUCCCAGUCCAAAAGAACUGACUAUUUGUGUACGAAGCUUAUGUCAGGUAGGUGCCACAACACGCGACCAAAACGGGGAGCGUAUUUUUUUUGGCAGCAUACAUCGUAUUUUAACUAAUCACAUCACGCACCUUAACAUGAUUUAUCACUCUGUGUGGUUGGUAGACACUUACGUCCUCGUUGUGUUUUCCCUCCAAUUAAAGUUAGCCCAACCAACACAAAUAUGAGAUGAAAAUGGACAUGGGUUCGAACCACAGAUCUU